AUGUUGAGAAAUCAAAUUAAUUUUUCUGAUUGGCAAUGCAAAGAACAAAGCGAAAUAAAUGAGCCAGCAAAUCCGCAAUUAGCCGUUGAAGAAUUACGGAUGUUAGUUAAAGGUAUGUGAAAAAAAUGAAUAUAACUAUGUAUUUAUUAAUUCUACGGUGAAUAAUUUUGUUACCGACGACCAAUAUUCCGAGUCUAAUAGUCCAGAAAUAAAUAAUUGUAUAGGUAUUUAUACCAGACAUAUAUUUUUUAAGCAAAAAAAUUAAUAAUUCUAUUAAAUUUGACGUCUCUCUCUCUCUUUCUAUAUAUAUAUAUAUAUAUAAAUAUAUUUUUACCAUAAAUUUCGGAUAGAAAUGUUCAAUGAGGUUGUUUUUCAAAAAAAGCACUAAUUUUUUUUAAAUAUGAAUCUUUUGAAUUUUUUUAAAGGCGAUACUUUGUUAAAAUCCAGGAUGGACGAUGCGUUUUUGCUCAAAUUUUUGAGAGCUAGAAAAUACAACGUAAAUAAAGCGUUUAAAUUGGUGAGUAUAAUAACUUUGCAAUCAAAAGUUACUUGCAAUAUACAAAUUUAAAAAAUAUAAAAGUAAUUACUAUUUUAAUUGGCGAGUUAAAAAAAGGACAGACAUACCUCGCAACUGGGUGCAGCUACUGUUGUUGGUAGGAAGUUGGUAAGGUAGAAUACAGAUGGAAAUUUAAUGUACAUCUAUAAGAAACGAUAAACCAUUGCUAACAAAAAAAUGAUUCUGAGCGGAGUUCAGUAGAUAGUGUUGUAUUGUCAACAAUACAAUACAUAGUAUAUAUCAUAUUAUGGUAAAACGAUUACAACAAUGUGCGUCGCCAUGACAACAAUGACUGUUUAAAAAAGAUUAAAAUAAUAAAACUUAAUAAUAACAAAAAUAAAUAAAAACGGUUUCCAAUGAUAACCUUAUUGUUAAUCUUCCAAUCCUUUUUAACCUAAAUACCGAGGUUUUCCUCAUUGUCUCGAAUAUUAACGAGAAUUUAAAAAAAUACCACUUUAAAGUACUACCCAGAGAAAAUUUCCUUUCAAAAAAAGUGCUUUACUUGAUAAUCUGAGUAUGCUUUCUGGUAGUAGAAGUGUUCACAUAAAAAAAAUAAACAUCAUUUUAAAAUCCAAUACAUUCCUCGUUCCACUCAGAAUCUAAAAAAAAAGAUUAUUACGAAACUAAUUAACACAUUAAUUUAGUUAUUUAUUUUUAAUUUUAUUUCAAGAUACAAAAUUAUUACGAGGUAAAAGAAAGGAGUCCGGCAUUAUUCGACUUAACCGGACCGACUAAGAGUAAAGUUCUUUUGGAAAGUGGGACAAUUUUUAUGUUACCUUAUCGAGAUCAACAAGGACGUGAAAUAUAUGUUUUUAGAUUAAGUAAAUAGCAGUUUUAAUAAAAUUUUGAAUGUUAAUAUUUUGUUUGUAACCAUUUUUGUGUUUCAUGUUUUAUUUAGAUAAUGUAUAUUUGUAUAUUCUUUCUUAUCUAGAUAAAUGAGAAAUAAGUUAUCUAUGAUAGUUAAUUGAAUCAUCUAGAUUAAUCAUUUCUAAAAUCGUAAUUUGUAUAUUUAUAAGGAAUAAUUUUAAAUUUAUUUUGAUUACGACGUAUACGUGACAUAAAAAUAAUUCGUAAACACUCAUAUACUCAUACAAUUAUAUCUACAUAUAUGUUUUGGAUUUUUGUGGGGUUUAAGGAAAAUUGAAAGUUAUCGAGUCUGUAGAUAAGUAUUCAAAUACAUAGUAAACCAUAUUUUUGUCAUUUUUUAUAGAAAAUAUUUCACCCGGAAUUACUAUCGAAGACGUUUUUAAGAUGAACUUGAUGAUGCUCGAAAUAGUCUCUGAGAAACACGAAACUCAACUCGCCGGUAUGGUUGCUAUUGCCGACUUUACCGGAUUUGAAUGGUUGAAACACUAUCAAUAUUUAUCGCCUUAUUAUGCUAAAAAAUCAGCCGAAGUUGUACAAGUAAGCCAUACAGCAAAUAACUAAUAUACUGAUAAGUAGUUAAAAUAUAUACAAACUACAAAUAAUAUUAUUCAGAGUCGUUAUUUUUAUCACGGGCCAACCCAAGUUAAUUCAUUGUAUUUAUGAUUUAUUUUUCUUAAACAAACACGUGAGAUAAAUGCAUAAUUUUUCUGUGGGGGUUUAAUCAUCCUCAUUUGAAUGAAUAAUAAAACUUUAUUUGUUCGUUUCAUUAAUAUUUAUAUACAAAUACAAUAGAUAGGCAUAGUAAAUAUUUCAAUGGAUGUUUUGCAGUGCCUAAUUUUUGUAAUAUUUCGUAUUACACACUUUUUAGUUUCGGCCGUAAAUCCAUUGUCACAAAAAAAAAUUCGCUCCCAUACCUUGUACUUUGUAUUUGAUCAAUCUCUUUGAGAUAUUUAUUUGAAUGUAUUUAAUCUAAAUUUGUUAAACAUUAAAAAAAUACUAUAACAACAAAACAUAGUUUAGAAAUAUUAUAUUAAAACUCUCUACACAUUUUAUAAUUCCGUAUUACACAUUUAAUACUUUCGUACUACACACAACACAUUUGGUAUUAUACACGAUGUGGCGUAGUACACAAAAAAAUAGGCCCUGAUGUUUUGUAAAUACAUAUGUAUUAUCUUUUGUUAUCAAUUAAUAUUUUGUUCUGUUAAUAGAUUAUAAUUCAUCUAAGCCCUAAAUGAAUCUAGAAUAAAUUCUAGAAUCAGCUCUAAUGCCAACAUUUUUAGCCAAUAAAUAUAAAUCCUUCCCUCUCCCCUCGCUCACAAUUAAAUUUCUUCAACCGCCAUUGAUUAAAUAUAUGACUGUAAUAGAAUCAAAUCUAAUUUUUCACAUUAUUUGUUGAGAAUAUUUUUUGUUUGUACUACAAUCGUAUGCGUAUAAUUACAGUUUAUUAAGGAUAAAAGCAAUUUUCUGAUAUUAUUUAAAUAAAAAAAAAUACAAUACAUACCUAAUCCUAUAUAUUAUCACUACCUAUCUUUAUUUUAAUAUAUUUUUUUUACAGGACAGUUUCCCAUUAAGAUUUCAAGGAUUCCAUUUUAUCAAUGAGCCAUUAUACUUAUACACUAUAUAUUCGAUCAUUAAACCGUUUUUAAAAGAAAAAAUACGAUGUCGGGUUAGUAUUUUUUUCCUCCCAUUAUUUUAUUCAGUAUUACUUUCAAAGUAAAUACUAAAAAAGUUUUAUUUUUUCCAAGGUGCAUUUUCAUGGAAAUAAUUUUAACUCAUUGCAUAAACAUCUAAAUCCAAAUAUUCUGCCGAAAUAUUUUAAUGGUACUUUGGAGUUUAAUCCGAUGACUUGUGUAGAUGAAUUUUUAAAUAAACAACAGUAUUUUGAAGGUAGGUAAAUAAUAUAUAUUUUCUUGUAAAGACAAUGGAUUUUUAGAGAAUAUUUUUAAAUUAUAACAUUUUCAAUCAACAAAUUUAACGAAGAAUCUAUUGGUUUCACUAAGAUGUAUCCUUUUUUCUUUUGUCUAUAAACAACUUUUUAAAAAGAAAACUUGCUCCGAUAGUUCGAUGUAUCAAGUGCAGCACCUUUACCGAAAUAAAACUGUAUGUAGUUGGUGCAUUUUUUGCUGUUUCAAAAGGUUUUCAUAAUAAUUGGGAAAACCCGAAAAUAAAACUAUGAGUAAAAUGGCAAAUAUUUAUUGCGCGUCACGGCGUUAACGAUUGCAUUGUUUUUAAUUUUUGUAAACUAUGUUUUCUAUCAGAAAUAUUUAUUAAUCAACAAUUCCUAGUGACUUUUUUGUAGCAUUUUGAAUCUAGAUGCUCACGAAGAAAAUCAGUUUUUAUUUUUCAAUAAAGCAAAAUCAAAAAAAAAAAAAAAACGCAUUAAGAACUACCAAAUUUACAAAAAUAAUGCUAUUAAAUAAUAUUAUUAUUUUUUUUUGUUUUUUGUUGUAAUUCAAGUAAAAAUAUUUGUAAAGACCUACAAUUUUGAUAGAAAACUUAUAUUUUAAUUUUCUAGACGUGAUUAAAUUUUAUUAACGUUUAAGCUAUUUUUAAGCUUUUAUAGACAUUUUAAUUUUGUGAGUUUUUACUUAAUUUUUAUUUGGUAAGUACUCUGCGAAUAAAAUUAUUUGACCAAAAAUUAUUACUUAAAAAUUCAACAGGAAGUUCAUUAUAAGUUGUACUCAGUGUUCAAAAAUAAAAAGUUGAGUGUAGUCUAGUAUAUAUACAUAAAUAUAUGUUUGUUUUAUAAGAAUUUUAACAUCAAAUUUUGACGAAAAUCGUAAAACAUGUAUAACCGAACUUCGCUCCGAAUCGUUUUUUGUAACAAUAGUUUAUCGUUGGUUGCAGAUAUAAAUUAAAUUUCUUCAAGUAUUCACCCAUCCCUAAUAUCAGCCCUUUUUUUUAUUAAACGUCUAUGGUCUGUUACCUACAUUAUUAUUUGUAUAAUAUUGUAUUAUUUUGAUAAUAACAAUAUAAUUGUUUUAAUGUUUAGAAAUGAAAAAAUAUGGAUACAACCGAUGA